AUGCCGCCUAAUCGCAACAAACUUUGUUCUAAACGCUCUUCCAGCAAAAAUUCUUCGACUAUCGAUAUUAGUCAAAAAGUCGAUGAGUUUGUUAAACAAGUCGACCUAGAAGAUUUAUGUUCUUCAAGUGUCAUUGUAUUGCCAGGCACUGGAAAAAAUAAUCCUGUUGCUAGGCCUUCAAAUUGUUUCUUUCAAUUUAAACGUGCAGUUACCAACUAUGCGAUGAAGAAAGUAAUUCAAGGCCGUAAUGACCAAAAUAUACUUUCAAAAGCGCAAUCAAAACUUUGGAAAAUGAUAACCCCGGUACAAAAGGAUUAUUUUAGGAAAUUAGCCGAGGAGGCCUUAAAAAUUCAUAAAGAAAAAUUUCCUGAUUAUGAAUUUCAUCCACAAAGAGAUAAAUCUGUUCUAAAGAUAAAAUCUAUGAAUGGAGGAGGCCAACAAACAAAGAAAAAGAAAAAUCCUGUGGAGAAACCAGAUAAUCUCGCAUUUAAUCAGGAUUCUAACAAUAAUAAUUUGAAUCCCGUAUCGAAUGAGGGGGCAUUCGCUUGCGUUAUUACUACAUAUGAGGAGGGCCAAAACCAUGCCUACGAUAACACUCUCGCGCUUACUGUCAGCAAUGAAUCUACAUUUAUGGGGAGUCAAGACGAGCUGACAGGUUUAGAUUUUGACUUAGGCUUGCGAUACUUUAAUUAUUAUUCGCAACCACCGUCCAAUCAUUUAAGCGCAACCUUGCAACCCAACUAUUUAACUCCAAUUAGUCCUACUUCUGACUCGGAAACACAAUUUAUGUUUCAAUCUCCGUUUCCAUCACCAAAUUCGCAAAUUGGAGAUAAUAAUAGUUUUGAAUUUCAUGUCGUGCCUGAUAUUGAGCAGAAUAGUAUCGACUUGCAAACCGUUCCUAGUAUAGAACAUCUGACGGUUUCAAUUCCCACUUGGCAAACAUCUAUCUUAGAUAAUAAUAAUAUGCUUGGGAUAAACAUGAACAAUACACCUAGUCCUAGCUCCCCGGCAUUAUCAAAUGGUGAUAGUAACUACAGCAUUCAUGACUUUGAUAACAUAGAAGAUAUGAUUACAAAUACUUUCGCAGAGAAUUAUUUAGAUAUGCCAUUCUGUUCACCUAUCACCGAACAAACUUUAAUACUUAACAUGGAUUGUUCGAGUCCUUGUGACCAAAUAUACAAUGACCUUUUAAGCCCUUAUUAUUAA